GAAUGAAAAGGACAGACUGUCAAGUUUAUAAAAAGCAAAUACGAAUAGACAAGUGCCGGAAUAACAAAAACACGGCUCAGGAAAGGAGAGGAACCUAGCUUAACUUAAGAAAUAAUAAAAUAAAUUGCAAGAAAAUUCCUGCAGGAGGUUCUACAAUGGAUACUCUGAGAGAAAAAGCGUUUCAAGAUUAUAGAAAGAAAUUGAUGGAGCACAAAGAAGUAGAAUCCAGGCUGAAAGACAUGAGAGAACAGUUGAAAGACUUGACCAAACAAUAUGAUAAGAGUGAAAAUGAUCUGAAAGCCCUUCAAAGUGUUGGUCAGAUUGUUGGGGAGGUGCUGAAGCAAUUAACAGAAGAAAAAUUUAUUGUAAAAGCUACAAAUGGUCCUCGUUAUGUUGUUGGGUGUCGGCGACAGCUUGACAAGAACAAGCUGAAGGGUGGCACCAGAGUUGCUCUAGAUAUGACCACCUUGACUAUUAUGAGGCAUUUACCAAGAGAGGUUGAUCCUCUGGUGUACAACAUGAGCCAUGAAGAUCCCGGUGACGUUACAUAUGCUGCCAUCGGAGGUCUACAGGAACAGAUCAGACAGCUCAGAGAAGUAAUUGAACUGCCACUGAUGAACCCGGAACUGUUUGUCCGAGUGGGCAUCACCCCGCCUAAAGGGUGCCUACUGUAUGGUCCGCCAGGUACUGGCAAGACAUUGCUGGCCAGGGCGGUCGCUUCUCAACUGGAUGCCAACUUUUUGAAGGUGGUGUCGUCAGCCAUCGUGGACAAAUACAUCGGCGAGUCCGCCCGCCUAAUCCGCGAGAUGUUCAACUACGCGCGCGAUCAUCAGCCCUGCAUCAUAUUCAUGGACGAAAUAGACGCCAUCGGCGGCAGACGUUUCUCUGAAGGCACAAGCGCCGACAGAGAGAUCCAGCGCACACUGAUGGAACUGCUCAACCAAAUGGACGGAUUCGACUCCUUGGGCCAGGUGAAGAUGAUCAUGGCCACCAAUAGGCCGGACACCUUGGACCCUGCCUUGUUAAGACCAGGCAGGCUGGAUAGGAAGAUCGAAAUACCCUUACCUAACGAACAGGCUAGGUUGGAAAUCCUGAAAAUCCACGCCGCGCCCAUAGCCAAACACGGCGAGAUGGACUACGAAGCGGUGGUGAAACUAUCGGACACUUUUAACGGUGCGGAUUUGAGGAACGUUUGCACUGAGGCAGGACUGUUCGCCAUCAGGGCGGAGAGGGAAUACAUCAUACAGGAGGAUCUUAUGAAAGCUGUGCGGAAAGUCGCCGAUAACAAGAAGUUGGAAAGCAAGUUGGACUACAAACCUGUUUAAUUUUUAAUCUUGCUAUUAUACUAUUUAAAAUGUGUUUAUAAAGCUAUAUA